UAUAAUCCCAUUCCAUUAAAAUAUAUUUACAUAGACGAAUAAGUCAGUUUUCACUUACUUCCAUGGAGAAAUUCUCUGUAAUAAUUCUCAUCACCAUCCUUCACUUGGUCAUUUUUGUUGCAUCGGAGCAGACUGUUCCAACAGAUAACAUAACCCUGAAUUGUGGAGCUCCUACAGACUUAUAUGCUUCGGAUGGCAGAUUUUGGGGAGGAGACAAUAACUCCAAAUUUGGACCUUUCGAAUCAUCUUCCCACAACAAAUCGAAAACCUACGGAGCUGAUAAUCAAGGGGGCUCUGUCGAAACUGUGCCACAUAUGACCGCCCGAGUCUCCGGUUCCGAAUUCAAUUACACUUUCCAUGUUACUCCAGGCCAGAAGUUUGUUCGUCUCUACUUUCAUCCGGCUUCGUAUGGAGAAUAUGACAAAUCCAAGGCCUUUUUCACUGUCAGAGCUGGUUCUUUCACUUUGCUGAGGAAUUUCAGUGCUUUCCUUGUUGCUGAAUCACUGAAUGUUAGAACACUUUUGAGAGAAUUCUGUUUGAACGUGGGAGAUAAUGAGGUGUUGAACCUUGUUUUCACUCCAUCCCCUAGUGCUUCAAAUGACACUUACGCUUUCAUCAAUGGAGUCGAGAUCGUCUCGAUGCCUACGAAUCUUUACUACAGGCCACCUGAUCAGUUAUCGUCCGGUGUCCCUUUCGUCGGCCAGAGAUAUGAGGUCACUAUCGAGAACGAUACCGCACUUGAGAAGGCAUAUAGGUUGAAUGUUGGUGGCGAAACCAUUUCGCCCACGGAAGAUACUGGCCUUUUCAGGCUUUGGUCCGAUGACUCCGAUAAGAUGACAACCGAUAGCUAUUUCACUAUCAACACUACAGUUCCAAUCAACUACACGAUCCCAAGAUACACGGCGCCGGAGAAGGUUUAUCGGACUGCACGGUCUAUGGGACCUAAUCGUACAUACAACGAGCGGCAUAACUUAUCAUGGAGAUUGCCUGUGGAUUCGGGAUUCAGGUACAUGGUAAGGCUUCAUUUUUGUGAAGUACAAGAUCCGGUGAACUUAAUAGCCGAUCGUAUGUUUGAGAUCUUCAUAAACAAUCAGAUAGCUGAGGCACAUGCUGACGUGAUUUUAUGGACUGGCGGCUAUGGCAAAGUUCCGAUUUAUAAAGAUUAUAUUGUGUUGGCAUCCAGGGUGGGAAACAAGAAUAGGCAGAACAUGACCAUAGAUCUGCACCCUAUCGUUGCGUUUUAUGUUGACGUUAUACUAAAUGGGAUAGAAGUGUUCAAACUGAGCAACUCUGAUGGCAAUUUAGGCGGAGUGAACCCUGAACUACUGGUGGCUCCACCACGAUCAACGUCUUCGGAUUCGUCCAAUUCUAGAGGUGGAAGAUCCAAGAAGGGAAGCCUGCUAAUUGCUGGUGUGGGAUGUGCUCUUGGUUUGAUCACCCUACUCUCUUUAUUGGCUUGCACGGUUGCUUGGAGACAAAGGAAGGGAAAAAAUUGGCUUUUCUGGUCGAUGAAUCAAAAGGAAGCAAAAUCCACAAUGACCUCAUCGUUACCAGAUGAAUUAUGCUGCCAUUUUUCACUGGAUGAGAUGAAAGCUGCUACCAACAACUUCCAUGAUGAUUUAGUAGUUGGGCAAGGUGGAUUUGGGAAAGUAUACAAAGGUUUCAUGGAUGCAGGUGAAAGAAUAGUUGCAAUCAAGCGCCUGAACCCUGAAUCAAGACAAGGUGUUCGAGCAAUCAAGCGCCUGAACCCUGAAUCAACACAAGGUGUUCGAGAGUUCAUGACGGAGAUCGAGAUGUUGACUCCGCUCCGACAUGCUCAUUUGGUGUCCUUAAUUGGAUACUGCAAUGAGAACGGUGAAAUGAUUCUCGUGUACGAUUUUAUGAGAAACGGCACCCUCUCGGAUCAUCUUUACGGCACAAGCUUUGCCUCUGAUCCUCUGACAUGGAAGCAAAGGCUGGAGAUUUGCAAGGGAGCUGCAAGUGGAUUGAACUACCUUCAUACAGAAGUGAAGCAUACUAUUAUUCAUCGUGAUGUGAAGACGAGCAACAUUCUCCUAGAUGAUAAGUUCACUGCCAAAGUUUCGGACUUCGGGUUAUCGAAAACCGACCCCAAAGUCGAUACACUCAUAACCGGAAUAAAGGGCACUCGAGGAUACUUGGAUCCAGAGUAUGCUCGGGGUCAUACAUUAACAGAAAAAUCAGACGUAUAUGCAUUUGGCGUGGUGUUAUUCGAAGUAUUAUGUGCAAGAAAAGCUCUGGAUACGAAAUUGGCAGGGGAUAAAAUGAACCUGGCACAUUGGGCCAAAAAUUGCAUUGAAGAUGGGACUCUGUACAGGGUCAUCGAUCCAAAUUUGAUUGGAAAGAUAGCUCCAGAGUGUUUUAAGGUGUUUGUUGAAAUUGCAGAAAGUUGCAUAGCAGAAGUGGGAAUCAACAGGCCAACAAUGAAAGAUGUCAUGGAAAAGUUGGGGUUUGCUAUAGAGCUGCAGGAGGCUGCUGAUGUUGAGAAGUCGAGGAUUGAUCCCGAAAGUGAAUGUAGCUAUCCGGAUAUAGUGUUCCCGGUUGCUCGCGACAUGGACUUUGACGGUGAAUCGUUCGGCGAUACGGAGUUUGAUACGAGAGUAUACAGCGGAGUCGGUAUAUUAGACUCUGACGCUAUUGGACUGACCUAUCCUACUAUCGAUUCUAGCACAUCAUUGUAUCCCUUCUCCAGCACCACCACACAAGAAGCACCGGAAACUAGACGAAAGAUUGGAGCAUAUUAACAAUAUAAAUGUAAAAUAGGUGUGUUUAAUCAGUUUCACACGAUGUUCGCUGCUUGUUUGAUUUUGUAAGCCAGAUCGUAUCUGUUCAUGCUAGUACAAUUACAACCGUUGUAGACA